AUGGGUAUACAGGCCCGUAACACUGCCGCCAGGCUGCCAUCCAACGCUGACCUCGAGAAAGCCCCGUUCAUCGAGCAGGACGAAGACGACGUCAAGCCUCGUCGACGAAGCCAUGUCCACGCGCUGCCUAUGAUACUGGCUCUCUUUGGUGUUCUCUAUCUCCUCAAGACGCAUUACGAUACCUCUUUCCCCUUCCCCUCCAAGCCUGCGCCCCUACCCGACUUUAUCCGCGAUGGUAUUGAGCAAUGCGAGAUCAUCUCUCGACCGCCUCCACAUUACAAGCCCUUCACCGCGUCUCGAGAGAAGAACGAGCGCUUUGUGGAAGGAACCAAGUCUGUACUUCUCAAGAACGGAACUGUAUGGACGGGAGAGGACGACGGGCAGGAGAUCUUGCAUGGAGCAGACGUCUUUCUGGAGAAUGGUGUUGUCAGGAAGAUUGGGUCUGGUCUCGACCUUACCGAGCACUUGAAAGAUAAGAAUUACGAUCAAGUAGAGCUUGAUGGAGCAUGGGUAACACCUGGAAUCGUCGACACUCACUCCCAUAUGGGUCUUGACUCUGCUCCUGGUCUCAGAGGUUCAGACGACACCAACUCUCGUCGCGGCAACACUCAACCCUGGCUCAGAUCUUUCGACGGCUUCAACACUCAUGACCUCGCAUUCAAUCUCUCCAUCUCUGGUGGCAUCACCACCAUGCUUGUCCUGCCCGGUUCUGCCGGCUCCAUCGGCGGCCAAGCUGCAGUCUUCAAGCCCCGAUGGACCAAUGAGAACACUCCUCAGAGUAUGCAGCUCGAACCUCCAUUCGUGAUCGACACUGCUGGCAACGGCGCUUUGAAGCGAACCAAGGCAUGGCGUCACAUCAAGCAUGCGUGCGGUGAAAACCCGGCGCGCGUCUACGGUGCCAAUCGUAUGGAUGCUGCCUACGAUUUCCGAAAGGCGUACGCGGAGGGCAAAAAGAUCAAAGACGAGCAAGAUAGAUGGUGUGCCGACCCCAAAUCUCAGAAAGAGCCUUUCCCCACCAGCUUGGAGUGGGAAGCUCUCGCAGAUGUCAUUCGGGGCAACGUCAAGGUCAACAUCCACUGCUAUGAGACCACCGAUCUCAACUCUCUUGUGCGCAUCUCGAACGAGUACCAGUUCCCCAUCGCCGCCUUCCACCACGCACACGAAGUUUACCUGGUUACCGAUUUGCUCAAGCAAGCGUGGGGCCCUGUACCCCCUGCUGUAGCCAUUUUUUCUACCAACGGUCGAUACAAGCGCGAGUCUUACCGAGGCACGGAGUUUGCCCCAAAGAUCAUCGCCGACAGUGGCCUCGACGUCAUCUUUAAGUCGGACCACCCUGUUCUUGACUCUCGCUACCUGGUGUACGAAGCCUCUCAAGGUCAUCAUUACGGUCUCAACUUUUCUCAUGCUCUCGGCGCUGUCACCACUCACCCUGCAAAGGCUAUGGGCCUCGACCACCGUAUCGGUCACGUCCGCGAGGGAUACGACGCCGAUAUCGUCGUUUGGGACUCAUUCCCUCUGUCCCUCGGAGCCACACCGAAACAGACUUAUAUCGAUGGUAUCCCGCAGAUCAUCAAGCCGCACGUGGUUGACAAGCCUGCCGAAGCUCAGGAAGUCUUCCCCGAGGGAAAGUGGGAUGAGGAGAUUGUCGAGGUGCUUCAGACCCGAGGUGACCCUGACCUGCGACCCAAGAAGUCCGUCAACAACGUGUUCUUCCAGGACGUCUCUGGCUUCUACCUCGAGUCCAAACACGACUUGUCUGCGUUUGAGAAUGGCGGCAAGGGCGAUGUCGUGGUCAAGAAUGGCGAGAUCACUUGUGUCGGCAAAUGCGUGGCCGAGGAAGGACUGGACUUUGAGAUCAUCGACCUCAAGGGCGGGAGCAUUGCGCCAGGUCUGAUUAGCGUCGGAAGCUACCUUGGUCUCAUGGAGAUCAGGGGUGAGAAGUCUACUUGGGAUGGGGUGGCAUAUGACUCUCUGAAGGAUGCGGGCGAAGUGACUGACGGUAUUCUUGUACAUGCGGUCGAUGGAGCCAAGUUUGGCGGCAAGGACGAACUUAUCGCCUACCGAUCUGGCAUCACGACCGCUGUCGCCCCUCCCAUUUCCAACUCUCUCGUAGCUGGCCUCUCCUUCUCCUUCUCCCCCUCCGCUGCUCACCCCCUGGCUCGCGGCGCUAUCCAAAAUCCCGCCGCCGCGCUGCACAUCUCUCUCGACGGCGGCUCCGGAAGCACCUCCACCAAGAUUGCUAUUCUCCGCCGUCUCCUUCUUGGCCAAGUGCACGAAGAUACCGAGGUGGUGAAGGCUUUCAAAAAGGUAGCAGGGGGAGAGCUGAGAUUGGUCGUGGAGGUCAGGCAGGCGGAUGUGAUGAGCGCGUUGGUGAGGUUGAAGAAGGAGGUGGGAGGUGAGGGCAAGUGGACGUUCUUGGGUGGGCACGAGACUUGGCUUAUUGCUGAAGAGUUGGCGGAUGCCAACAUCGGCGUCAUCGUCGCCCCCGCCAGGUCUUAUCCCGAGGAAUGGAGCGAACGCCGCAUCAUCCCCGGACCUCCCCUCUCCAAUCACACUCUUCCAUCAUACCUUGCUUCCCAUGGUGUCACCGUCGGCCUCGGUAUCGUCGAAGAAUGGCAAGCUCGCAACACCCGAUACGAUGCCGCAUGGGUGUACGCCAACUCGCCCGACGUCUUUUCAAAAUCGUCUGCCCUUGCGCUCGUCUCUGGCAACCUUGAAGAGCUUUUGGGUCUCAACGACGCGUACAAGGCCAGGGAAGAAGAGAAGGCGUGGGUGGCGUAUGAAGGGGAUAUGUUUGGGUUUGAGGGGCGUGUUAGGGGUGUGAGAGGGUUUGGCAAGGAAGAGAUUGAUCUCUUCUGA